CAGUUAGAUAAAAAGUUUGGUGUCGAAGCUGUUUAUGUCAUUGGUAACUGGUCUGCUCCUUAUACAAGAUUUUAUGAGCCCAUUGGGGGACUUAAAUUCCGUCGGAUGCUUCAAAAUGUUGGUAAAAGGGUGUACUUGAUCGAUGAAUAUAGAACAAGUCAGUGCUGCCCAGCCUGUGAACGUAGAAGUCUUAAAACAUUUCGGAUGGUCAAUAACCCC